GACAAAGCAGUAGUGGAAAAGAAAAUUAAAAACCUAGUGUGCCAUUUUUUACGUGAAAUAAAAAAGGAGAGAGACUCAAGUAAGUCUGGUGCGGGAAAUUCUGAUGUGUACAAGAGUAAAUGGUUUUGCUAUAACAACAUGCUAUUUCUCCAGGAUCGAAAUACACCUAACGAAACGACGGACACAAUCACGCAGGACGAGCAUACAAAUAAAGAUGGAGAUACUGCAAACCAAUCGCAAACUGUCAACCAGGACCAAGUUGCUGGACCAAGUGGAGAAACGCCUCGAAAACGUGUAAGUUUGCCAAAGGAACAGUCUGAUCGGCCAGGCGGAGGCCCACAAAAGAAAAAAAAGACUACAGCUACAGAAGAAGCUCUGUCAAUUAUGAGAAGUACCCAAGGUCGGCAUAAAGGUAUGGAUCAGUUCAAAUCUUUUGGAGAGCAAGUAGGACUGCGUAUUAAAGACCUCCCAUCAUCAAAUGCUCAGAAAAUUGCAAAACACCUUAUUAGUAAUAUUCUGUUUGAAGCAGAAAUGGGCAAGUACGACUAUGGCAACCCAAUCGGCGGAAGUUACUCACAGCCAUUCUACCCAACACCGAACUACGUACAACAACCGAUUUCUGUCCCGAUGCCACCAGCUUGUCCCAAUCCAAACCCAUGUAGUGAGCAGCUGUCUUUUCACGGAAUCACACAGGCAAACUCUCCAGAUUCAGUCAUAAGCUCCUCGCUAUCAACCCAUACGGACAAUGACUCUAUCGACAAUAUAUUGAUGCACCUGUAAUAAUAAUUUUACAAAUUUAAAUAAAAGAGAAUUUUACACCUCAUCUCUUCAAAAUUCAAAUUUGAGUUAAGACUUUUGUUCAUUUUUGUUAUUGUAAUUAACUUAAUACUCAUUUUAACUAAGUAAAUAAGGGUUUCAUUUGUAAUGGAGAGUGUUUUGUUCGGAACUUGAGACGCAUGUCUACCAAAUAAAGGUUUUUUCUAAUAUACAA